AUGUCAGCAAGCGAAUCAGAUAGUGCAGCCCCAUCAGAUUCUUGUGAUCCAGGAAUUCGUUCAGUUGCUAUCUCAGUCUCACGGGAUUAUGGUACUAAAGUUGAUCUUAUUUUCAGAUUACAUGGUCUUCGAAAAAAACGUGGAUUUCUCACAACGUUGGUGAAUACAUUUAAAAAGCCAACAGAACCCUCCAAAUUGUGUGCAAAUGCAAAAUUCACUUCGUUCAGCUUAACUGCAUCAUCAUUACAAUUUUCCGUAGAUGUUAGACGUGAAAGGCGUAAAAAAGGGAAAAAGAAUGCACUUCGAGAUCAAGUAGAUACCUAUAGUUGUCAUAUCAAAAAAUUUCCAUCUAAUAUCAAUCCGGAUUCUGCGGAGUUUGAGAUAAUGGAACCGGCAAGUGGAGAUUGCUUUGUGAUGAUAAGUGUAAUGAAGACCAGUAAUCAGACGGUAAACUGGAAGGAAUAUCAGGAUUUGAAUGGCACUAUUGAUGUUUCGGAGUCAUAA